GUGAAGUGGGAGAGGAGAGGUUGGUUUAUACUUGCUGGAGUUCAGAGGUGAGAACCUCGGUCUGAUUGAAUGGUGAAGAGUAACACUCGCUUGCUACAUUGUAACAAGGUGGUGAAGUAUCACGGCGAUACCGAUCAACACACGAGAUACAAUGGAGCCAUGAAGAUCACUGAGUCUUAUUCAGUGAGGCAUGAUCGAGAGGUUUGGGAAGAAGGUAAAGUGAAGUGAGAGCAAGGGCAAGAAAGAAAAAGCGCUGGACGGUGCUAUGGGAUGGAUGAAGCAGAGCAGAACAAAUAUGUGUUACAGCUUAAGGAUGUGUUUGACAGCUGUGACACUACAGGGACGGGUUACCUGGACAGGGAGGAGCUCAGUGAUUUGUGCCAAAAACUCCACCUGGAAGCUCAGAUCCCUCUUCUACUGCAGACACUUUUGGGCAGCAACUAUCAUGGCCGGGUAAACUUUGAGGACUUUAAAGAAGGAUUUGUUGCUGUGUUAUCUACCAGUUUUGACCUCGGUAACUCAGAAGAUGAGAGCAGUUAUUUAGACCCAGCUACCCCGGAGCAGGUCGAACCAAAGUACGUCAGAGGAGCCAAACGAUAUGGCCGCCGAUCUAUACCCGAAUUUCUGGAUUCCAAAGUGGAAACUACAUAUGAUUUGGAGGAGUCACUUUGUUUUAGGACAACAAAGGAUGAACUGGUCACACAAAGCACCAGCAGAAGUAUUUUAAAACGCUCGGCAUCUCUUGAGAGUGUAGAGAGCCUCAAGUCUGAUGAAGAGCUAGAGCACCAUCAGGAAUCUUUGCAAGAAACCUUUGAAGGACAAGGUCAAUUGAACAGAUGGAAUCCUGAUGGCUUUGACAGUCCCAGGAGGUCCUCCACUCCUUAUUCUGAAGCUACAGAAAACCACGUUCAAGCCAUCUGGGAUGAAUUGGGAGUAGGGAAGAACGGCUACCUCAGCAAGGAGGAAUUGGCGGCAGUCUGCAGCAACAUUGGCCUAAAGGACCUCAAAGACAAAGAAGUUGAUGAUCUAUUCAGAAAGUUGGAUAAAGACGGUGAUGGAAACGUGAGCCGCAAUGAGUUUCUUCUUGGCUUAUUUCGGCAUGGAUCUGCUACUUCAGUCCCUUCCACACCCUGCAAGCAGAGAUAUCGUCUCCAUCAGAACUUUAAGGUGAACAGAUGUAGAACAGCAACUCCAUCCUUGCUAUCAAACACUCUUGGUUUGCAACUGUUUUCCGGUCUUGAUGAUGGCACUGGUUAUGCAACACCGGGACAAAUAAUCAGCAUGUGGCAAGAAGAUGGAAUUAAAAACAGUCAGGAGAUUUUAAAGACAUUAGACUUUGAUGUGGAACAGAAGGUGAACCUUGCAGAACUAACCAAAGCACUUGACAAUGAGUUAUUGACCAGCAAAAAUGGAAUUCAUCAGGCCGCAUUCUCCUGUUACAGAAAUGAAAUAAAUGGCCUUCAAAGACAAAUUCAGCAGUUGUACAAGGAGAGAGAAAAGACCAAAGCAGACUUGGACAGAGCAGAGAGGUGUAAUGUCGAGCUAGCCAAGGAAGUUGAUGACCAAAAUGCCACAAUGGAAUUGAUCAAUGAAACCAAAAUCAAAGCUUUGGAUCAAGGAUACAAGGAGAAGAUAGCAGCCGUUAAAUUAGAGAUGGGCAAGGAACAGGAGAUGAUCGUACAGCAGGUGAACACACAGCGAGCUGAACUUGAACAUGAGAUAGAUUCCCUCCGAUCCGAUGAGAUCCAUUUCCAAGAAAAGCUGAAACUGGCAAUGAAGGAAAACAGUCGAUUACAGAAAGAAUUGGUGGAAACGGUGGAAAAAUUGACUGAAUCUGAGAAAUUGAUUUCCAGGUUACAGAAGGACCUUGACUGCAUGCUGAAAGCAAAAUUUGGAGAAUGGGAUCAUCCGAAUGUGGAGAUCACUGGCCACGAGCAGAGGUUCAUGGGGAUUAUAAUGGAAUAUGAACAACAGUGCAAGGAGUUACGCGACCAGAAUGAUGAGCUACAAUCUAAAAUGGAGUUGCUUCAAUCACAGCUGCAUCACAGAAAACAGAGCAUUGUGGGUAAUAAGAGGGUGAAGAAUCCCAUUUGUUUAGGCACUGAUGGCGGGGACACCAGGUGCCAGUCUGCUUCUGAUGAGACUUGCCUAGAAAGUGAAUGUGCCAACAUUAGCAUCCAAACAGAGAUGGCAAUGGAGCAACUCAGAAGACAGCAUCAAGAGGAAAUGCAAGACCUUAAAAUACAAUUGGAAACAAAGGUAAAUUAUUAUGAGAGAGAAAUUGAACUGAUGAAGAGGAAUUUUGAGAAAGAGAGGAAGUAUGUAGAACAAAGCUUUAAGAUUGAGAUCAGCGAACUGGAGGACCAGCGUGUUACCAGGGAACAGGAAAUGGAGCGGCUCCAGGGUGUGGUGAAUGAGUUGCGUGUUCAACAGCAAGAUGCACAAGUCAAGCAGAAGGAAGCAAUUGCUGAUCUGCUAAGGCGACAUGAAACAGACAAGCUAAACCUGCAAGAAGAGGUGAGGAAAGGACAGGAGGAAAAGUGCAAAAUGGAAGAGCUGAAGAAGGACGCAGAGUUGACAGAAAUGUUCAAAGCACAGUCUAAAUCAAAAUUGGCAUCACAAAUACAAGAACUGGAAACAAAGUUCCAGUGGGAAAGGACAGCCCAACAGCAGGCCUUUGUCAAGGAGAAGUCAGAAUUAGAGCUACGGCUGUCAAAGGUGAAGCUUGAAAUGGAGAAGGAACUGAAACUCCAACAUCAGAAGGAAUUGCAGCAAUUAAGGAAGGCAACACAAGAUGAAUCUAACCUGAAGCUCUCACUUUUGGAAGCUGACCAUGUUGCUUUAACACAAAAGUAUCAGUCUGAGAAAACACAGCUGAUCCAGGGAUAUGAGCUGAAAAUUGAGGAGCUUACAAGACAACAGAGUCAAGAGAAAAGUCAUUGGGAAUCUCAUGUGCAGAUGACCUGCAAUGAGGCCAGGAAAGAAAAACUAAACCUGCAGGAAAAGAUGCAUGAGGAACAGGCUAAGAUCUGCAAAACAUUUGCAAUAGAGAGGGAAGAAAUGGAAACCAAGUACAAAGAACAAAUAUGCAGUCUUAGUUGUGAGAUCGAGAGCUUAAAGGCUCAGGUAAAAGAGCUAAGAAGAGUGAACGACAUGGAAUAUCUAACACAUCCUGAUGAAAAACCCACUGAGGACAACCCUUGCCUGUACCAAAGAAUCCACGUCCAGUCUUUGACCAGUGAAGAGUGUUUUGCACUUCUAAAGAAUAAAGAAGAUGAGAUAUUGGGUUUAAAACAGCAAAGAGAUAAGAUGGAAAUAAAACUGAGGCAAGUAAUGGAUGAGUCAGAAAGAAAGGAGCAAGUGCUUCAAAAUGAGGCAACGAAUCUGCAGAGGUUGGUAACUAAGCUAGAACUUGAGACUGAGAAGAAGUACAGAUGUGAGUCUGAAAUGAUCUCUGAAGAAAACUCUUCCUUGAAAAGAGAAAUGGCGAAGUUUCAACAGGAGUUCCGGGAUCUGGAAGGAGAAGUUAAUGAACAAAGGAAACAAGUGGAACACCUGCAAGAUGAAAGAGAGCGCAGAUGUAGAGAAUCUGAAGAACUUCAGAAACAGAACAAACAGUAUGUGGCUGAAAUUGCCCAGCUCAAUAGCAAGAAUGUACAGCUCAGCAAUCAGAACUCACUAUUCAGUGCCAAGGUAGAAGCUAAUCAGCAGAGCAUUCAGAUGCUCAGUACAAGACUAGCUGAACUUUCCCAGCAGAAGGAAGAGGUGGUCAGUGUUACCAGACAACUGCAGAAGACUUCCAGCAGGUUGGAGAAGGAGCAUUUCCAACAGCAAUCUGUAUGGGAAAAAGAGAAAGAGCUCAUGCAACAGGAACUGCAGGCAGCUAAGAAAAAGUUAUUAGAUCUAGAUUCACUGGCUAAGGAGACAAAUGUACUAAGGGCAGAGAAAAAGAACCUAGAUAUCCAAUCUAUGACAAUGCUGCAACACCUUCAGGAGGCCAAAGAGAAGACAAAGAUCCUAGAAUUGGGUUUGGAUCAAGCACAUUCUAAUCGAGACCAUCUGAAGCUUGAACUUCAAGAAAAGCACCAAGAAAAUUUGUCACUGACAAAGGAGGUUGAAUCUGUUACAAAGUCAUUGCAAGAGGCAAAAAAUAAGAUCAGCCAAGUGCAUAUCCUGGAGACUGAACUGGAAUCUAUGAAAAAAGAAUAUCAGAUUUUGCAAAACAAAGAAGUAAAGUUGGAAGCUGACCUGGUGGAGUCGCAGAAACAGUUGUUAGAAGCUAAGACCAACUUGCUGCUCUCCCAGUCUCAACACCUGCAUGAAGUGCAACAAUUAAAGGAGCAAAUUGGCAAUACUGUGCCCAAAGCUCAGUUGACAGAGUUACAGCUGAAACUAACAGUGGAAGAGCAGAAAGUACAGCAACUUCAAGAACAGAUUGCUGCCCAGAUUAAGGAAGCAAACAGUUUGAUGUUUGAACAACAGGAGGAGUACAAAAGACUUCUAAAGCAAAUGGAGGAAAGAAUGGAGGAGGUUGAACAAAAGCUGAAACAUGUACGAAUGAUGCUUCAAGAUAAGGUGAACCAGCUCAAGGAACAGUAUGCAAAGAAUGCCAAAUCUGAUUCGAUAUUGAAGGAUCUGUAUGUGGAGAAUGCCCAGUUGAUGAAAGCUUUGCAGAUCACAGAGCAGCGGCAAAAAGGUGCUGAGAGAAAGAACUUCUUGCUGGAUGAGAAAAUUGCAGCUUUAAACAGAGUGUUAAGAAAAAUUGCUCCAGCCUCUCUCUCUUAAAUGUGUCAAAACACCACCAUACUCAACAUUUUGGGUUGAUGGUCUUAAAAUGGAAAUACACUUUCUCUCGUUGCCAAGCUGUUUAAUUUCUAACAUUUCGUGUUUUUAUUUCUCAUUCCAACCAUCUACAGUAUUUUGCUUUUGCAAGACCACUUACCUCUGACACUUUUUACAAAGCAAAUAAUAGUCCUCCAUCCCAAUAAAAUUAUUUUGAUACUGAUCUUUCCAUGUAUAAUCAACUGAAAUCAAGUCCUCCCUUGGUAUUCUAUUCAGAUUCUUUUCCUCUAUUAUGCAAUGCUCCAAAUUUUUGUACAAUUCUGUUUUAUGCACCAACUCCGUUGCUUAUUAGGACAUCUGUUUUAUACAACUUGACUAAAGAUUAUCAACUUUUCCCAUCAAUAAACCACACUAACGUGCUUGCUCCUACCUUUGAAAGUGACUUAAAUAAUUGGUAUGGAUUUUCCUGAAGGUAAUGCAUCUACGGCAAUAAUGUAAUAGUAACAGCCCUCAAAAGACUUCACAAACACUCAGCACAGACCCCAAGGGUUUAAGUACAUUUUUGUAUGUCUAUAAUCAUACUGUUGAAUAAGUGGGAUAUUGAUGUUACUUUUUAUUUUACAUUCACUGUAUUUGAUCUUGUUUUGUCAUAUUUACUUUUUUCCUAAAGUAGCUUGAUUACUGGAUAUGCAAAAUGGAGUUUUGAUAUGAAAACUAUGUACAAAUGUUCAGUUAUUUGAAGACAAUCUGUAAAUGCUGACCCUGAUGUUAAGAAACUAUUUUUAAAAUUUAACUGA